GUUCCCUCCGCCUUCAGUCUGCUCGUGAUCUUGUUAGAGUGUAGUGGUGUCCUCAAUCCUUGGACUGUUCAGAUAUAAAGGUAAAAAUGCAGACUGAACUAUUAACAAGUCCUAAUUACACUCACUGGUAUCCAGCAGGAGAUAUGGAACCUAAUAUUCCAGAAGAUCCUAGAUACUGGACAAGGAAUGAUGUCGCAACUUGGCUUCAUCACAUGGGGACUAUUCAUCAAUUGCCGGCAAUCCCUACCGAUAGGUUCAUUAUGAAUGGAAAAGCUCUGUGCCUGAUGACUGUGACCAUGUUCUUGGAUAGGGUUCCUCUCGGCGGAAAAUUGCUUUAUAAGGACUUCCAGCUUCGUCUUGCUCGUGCUAUGUACAAUGCUGAAUUAUACCAAAGCUGAACUCGUAAUUAAUUAGCCAAGUAUUAUCUAAUCAAAAUAAAGAUGUGACCAGUACAGCUGGCUAUAAUCUGUGGAGACUGGACUCACAUACCCCAAAAUGUCUAAUAAUCAUUCGUUAUUUAGUUUUCGGUGGUGACUAAAUAGAUUAUUAUUUCUAAUGGUAUUAUAUCUUUUCUUUAACACCUGAAAUGGUUGGUUUUUUGUUUAAAAGGUCACCCUUUGAGGAGUUCAAUAAAAAAGAACUUGUUUUUGCACGGUUUUGUAAUCCUUUAAAGUUAAUAGGGAUUAGUAUAUUAUUUAAAUCUUAAGUAUAAUAAAACAAUAUGUACUACCUGUAUAUUUAUUAUAUAAUUUAAAAUGUAUCCAAAGAUGUUUAUAUUGAAAUUUUAUUAUUACAAUUGGGAUGUAAAUUACUGUUGUGUUUUCCCUUAUGUACAUAAUGUAUAUGUUUUUUUCAAAAAUUCUUAUUUAAUUAAAUAAGAACUUAUUUAAAUAUGAAUUAAAUAUUUAUACUAAAAAC